AUGGACCCUGUGACGUUUUUGAAACUUUCCUGCCAUCAAACUGCGGAUUUUUUGCCAGCAUGGCGCACCGGGAAUUUUCUUCAGCACAAAGGACAGGACUUUUCCUCAGCUACACCUAUGAACUACAUGCAACAAUCCAGUACAACAACUGGGACGAUGCUAGGACGAGGUUCGUCCUCUAUGUCUGCUCAACUACAUGGGACAAGUAGUCAGCAAGUCCAAGUCAACUCGAGUAGCUCCGUUACGUUUCUGAAAGAAACGAGUUCAGAAUGGGUAGGCUACUCGGACGAGACGACAGCCACCAGUACAAUGACGCUCUUACGCGCAGAUCAACAGAAGAACGAGGCGGAUCUUCUGGGAACAAAUACAACAGUCUCUGUUGACAGCAAUUAUUCAUCUCCUUCAGCUUCAGCUACGUUGUUAGUCACGCCCAACGUCCUAGCAGUAGAAACCGUACUGUGGAAACUGUGGAGAGGAGAACGCCUGAUACUGAGACAAGAGGAGAGUAUAUCUAAAGCAAAGCAAACGGAAAUAGACGCUCUACUUCGUGACAGCAUUGUGUGGGUGAACAGU